AUGAGCGGGCCGUGGGGGGCUGCGGGCCCGGCGCUGCGGGCGCCCCGGGCGGGCUGGCUGUGGGCGGCGGCGGCGGCCCUGGCGCUGGGCGCCCUGCUGGGGGCUUGGCGCUGGGCCGUGGGGCGCCGCCGCCGCCGCCCAGCCCGGCUGCAGCGUGUGGGGACGGUGUCGAGCCUCUUCGUGUACCCCGUGAAGUCGUGCCGGGGGGUGGCCGUGCCGCGGGCGCAGGUGACGCCGAUGGGGCUGCAGAGCGGGGAGCUGCGGGACAGGUUCUGGCUGGUGACCAAGGAGGACGGGCACAUGGUCACCGCCCGACAGGAGCCCCGGCUCGUCCUCGUUUCGGUCGGCUGCGAGAAUGGCUGCCUGGCCCUGAGCGCCCCCGGCAUGGAGGAGCUGCGUGUGCCCGUGAGGCUUCCCAGGAAAAACCCGGUGCGGAACUGCAGGUUGUUCGGACUGGAUAUUCAAGGCAGGGACUGUGGAGAUGAAGUGGCUCAGUGGCUCACCACUUUCCUGAAUUCGGAGCCCUAUCGACUGGUGCACUUUGAGCCUUCCAUGGUGCCAAGAAAGUCAAAGGACGUAAUAAAUCUUUUCCGAACCACAGAUGAGGUUGCCUAUCCUGACUGUAGCCCGGUCUUGAUCAUCUCAGAAGCUUCACUGGAGGACUUAAAUACCAGACUGGAGAAGAAAGUUAAGAUACAGAACUUCAGACCGAAUAUUUUUGUGACAGGUUGCAAUGCUUUUGAGGAGGACACCUGGGAGGAAAUUCUUAUUGGCAGUGUGGAAAUGAAAGGGACAGUGUGCUGUGCAAGGUGUAUUUUAACAACUGUUAACCCAGACACUGGGGUCCUGGACAGGAAGGAGCCCCUGGAAACAUUGAAAAGUUACCGCUUAUGUGAUCCGUCUGAGCGACACAUUUACAAAUCCAGCCCUCUCUUUGGAAGAUACUUUGCCGUUGACAAAACUGGAACAAUUCAAGUUGGAGACCCUGUGUACAAGAUGGUCCAGUAGUGAGGGAUGUUUUUAUCAGAAGAUGACCUUUCACUUCAACGUGUUUUUCUUUUUCUCUGUGAACAUGGUCGCUGUCAUAACUUUUUCUUAUCUCUUGCAAUAUUUUUAAUAAUAUGUUCCUUUGUAAAGUGCGGGAGGUCUUGGAGGCUAUGAGCUGUCAGUCAUUUCAGAUCAUGAUCAUCUAGUAGCAUGCAUGUAGCAAACAAGUCUUCAUUUUUUCUGCAGGAUGUAGUAGAGGAGAGUCUAAUCCAAGACAGAUUUGACAGCACUACUGUAUCACACCUCAUAAAAUCUUGUGUCAAGCUUGAUGUCAGAAUCCAAAGUUAUUUACAAGGGCUUUGCAUCAUGUAUUAGAUACAUUCAGUGCCUAUAAAGAACCACAAAAACAGUCAUGCCAAGCAUAAAAUGCAUAUGUUGAUCAUGGAGCUCCCUUUGCAGUUGAACUGUGAGUGCUGAUGGCAAGGCUGUGUCUUAAAUUCUACCCUUCUCUGGUCCCAAGUAUCUUCAUCUAUGUCUGGAGUUACUUUCCUGCAGUGUUACUUAUUCUGCAGUCAUUUCCAGAAGAUUGCUUUUGACUUUUGAGAUUGGAGCAAUAUCAGAAGGAGAAGCUUUGUGAGCUGACUAAAUGCUCCUCUGUUCUAUAGGUGGGAACACUGUAAGACUAUAUGCUCAUUUAUUUUAUGACCUGUGCUUGAAAGAAUUUGAAUAUUUUUUUCUCCUGUGAAGCAUACUGUAUUGGUUUAGCUGUAAAGUAGUGAUUUGUUUGAAGUAGUGUUUGCUGCCUUAUCACUAGAACUUUCAAUUUGACUAAAGGCAUUAGGCAUUCAUUAGAUCAGAGGCUGGAUGCACAUUUGGAGGGAGAAAACAGUUGUUCGGAAUGAUCUGAUUCCAAGCCUGCCCCUAUUCAAGCUGAUGUCCAGGCCAGUCUUGCAGGGCUUUGUGUUCAUGCUUCACUCCUCUGUGACUAAGUGAACCUCUUCCUAUAGAAAGUUAGGCUGCUUCCGCAAGAUGUAGACCAAAGGGAUCUGGAUAUGUAGAGAAGUAAAGCUUUAUGCAUCAAGGGAGAGAAAAAAAAAAAAAAUAGAUUUCCAGUGCCGAGUAACACUGAGCAGACGUUUGGGAAGCUGCGGUUAUAGACUGAGCGUGUUAAAGUCUUUAUGUAUUACGCAUUUAGAUCUCUCCCUCCCUGUUCUAACCAAAUGUCAAAUAAUUAUGUUUUUUACUGUAUUUUAUACUGCAUAAAACAAAUAGGGGGCUGAUGUAGAGGGAAGAAAUUAGUUGGGUGAUGGCAGUAGUAUUUUUUCUUUAAAUAUAAUUAUGAAGAAAAAAAAUUCAAGCCUGACAUUUUUCAAAUGCAUGGCUGCCUGUUGCUUUGUUAUGGGUUGCGAGGUCUAGAAAGAUUGUUGAACUAGCAAAGAAGAGGAAUUUAAUUGAGUGUGAAGGACAAAUAAUGACCCAAUUUGGUGUUUAGAAUCUUUGUUUUGUAUUGUGAAUAUGAAAUCGGAAUUUUGCUGCGUGUUCACAGCUCAGACUUGUAAGAUGAAGAGCCCUUGUGCCUUUGAGCAAAUUCAGAUGGCUGUAUGUGGUAAGCAUGAAGCAAGCAUAUGGGGAAGGUAGUUUUCUAUUACUCGUGAACUCAGAGUUGUUCCAAAUAGCCUUUUAUUAGCAGUGCUCUGUAAGUACUGUUUUCCUGUGACAUACAAGUGCCCAGCUAGGUCUACAUGUUGCAUGCUUGUGCAUUAUUAUGCCCAAUGCAGCAACUAGUGGGAGAAGUGAGAGAAAAAGCAUCGUCUUAUAAAAGGAAAGUAAUCCUGAGGCUCACUUUAAAAAAAGCGUAUAUUGAAAAUCAUGAAUAUUAGAGGCUGAAACAUUGUGGAAUUCCUAAUGAUAUUAUUAAGUAAAGACAGCCUGCUGGCCUGCCAAAGCAAUUAAUUAAGAGUGUGUCUCUUCUUUAAGUCAAAGAAAUUGAAGGAACAAGAGCCGAAUAUAGCCUCUAGCCAAGUGUACUUCUUCGUUGUGGUUCUAUCAUCACUUUAGGAGUUACGUAACGCGUUGUGUGGUAUAGAUUGUGUUGCAUCUUUGAUUUUGAUUGUUCAUUGAUUGGACUAAUUUUCAAAUGGGGCUGUCUUUUCAGUGAGAAACUGCAUCUGUGUGCCUGUUAGGAAAAUGCCAUAGAUCUAAACCCCUGAUCUACCCCUGUAAAAGUCCCUUAGAAGAAUUUAGAAUCCUAAACCAGGUAUGCGUCUGAGUAUUACAGAUUUGACAACUGACAUUUAAAUCCAUUAUGUGAUGAAAGAGGGCCAUAUAUGGGAGCUGGAGAGGGUAAUUAACAUUGCAAUAUAAACAUCAUACAAAUGUUGUACUGUUGUAACUUUAGGAAUUGUAUUUGAUUUCACUAAAGCCAUUUAGAAAAUUGAAAAACAUGUAAAUCAUAAAACUAUUUUUUUUAAAUUGUGCACUUAAUGUUUAUUUUUUAACUAGAGAAAAAAACAAGUAUAAACUUCUAUUGAAUU